CCCGCCCCUCCUGCUCAGAUCCUCGGCGUCAAGGGACGCGGUGUCUUCAGCUCCGUCCUCGUGGCCCACGACACGCAAGCCGUCCCCACCUCUCCCCUCGGGCCCUCGCCCAGGACGGUGGCCAUCAAGGUCUUGCGGGGCAACGACUUGAUGUUGCAGGCAGGCCUGAAAGAGGCAGCACUCCUCCGCGCCCUGACAGAAGGGGACAAGAGGGACGAGGGGCACGUGGUUCGCUUUCACGAGGAGUUCAGGCUGGGGGGUCACGUGUGCGUGGUGAUGGAGGCGAUGCACCUGAACCUGAGGAAGCUUUUGAAGACCUAUGGGCCCUCGCAGGGACUGGCCAUCAAGGCCGUCCUUUCCUACGCGCAACAGCUGCUCGUCGGCCUGGCCUACCUGGAGCAGCAAGGCGUCGCGCACGCUGACCUCAAGCCCGACAAUUUAGUCGUGGAUACCUCCAUGUCCGUCUUGAAGAUCUGCGACUUCGGCUCGGCGCUCCACACCCACGAGCUGGAAGGGAACGAGGCAGAGGAGGCAGCCACUAGCACGCCGUACCUGCAAUCACGCUUCUAUCGGGCCCCCGAGGUGAUACUGGGGUACCCGCCCCGCGGGCCGGCCAUGGACAUGUGGAGCGCGGGCACUACUAUGUAUGAGCUCUACACGGCCCGGGUGCUCUUCCCCGGCCGGCACAACAACGAGGUGCUUCGACAAAUGAUGGAGGUGAGGGGUCCGUUCUCGCGGAAGUUGCUAAAAAAGGCCAGCCCAGGGCUGAGGAGCCAACAUUUCGACGAGGAGGGCAUGUUCCUGGCGCGUGAAUUGGACAAGGGGAGUCAAGUGGAAAGCGUGCGGGCACUACCCCCUCCCACGGGCCCAAGUAGGCAAUUAGGGGAGAUGCUCUGCUCCCCCAAGAUCAUGGCCAGAAUGCCGUCACAAACUCGGCAACAGGUCGAGCUUUUGCGUGGUUUUUUGGAGCAAGCUUUAGUCUUGGACCCAGCCAAGCGAGCGAGACCCGUCCAGGCGCUCCAACUUUUCAAGGGAAGAGGGAGCGGAGGGAAAAAGUGAGGGAGAGAAGUGCGAUUUGCUCUCGCAUACUAGAUGAACUUUGUGCUUUGUCGGUAAGCGUGCGGUCGCUGCAUGUUCAUAGCGGUAGAACGGGGAUGAUUGUGUCAUAGGGGGGGUAAUGUGCGCGGGAUAUAUGACGGCCUGGAAAGGAGAGCACUUUUGUAAUGAUAAAUAAAACCGAGCAAAG